CUCGCAAUUAUUCCAUAGAGCCAGUGGGUUUCAUGGUUUGCCUUGAAUAAAAUACGCAGGACGCCCCCCUUCCCUUUCUUAACAAGAAAGAGACUUGCUGCCAUUUCCAACUGUUAACGAUAAUGAUGACAGAAAAUGUUAGGUAGGAACCUUGCACGGCCUUGCGUUGUGCCGCUUGCGUUGCGCAGCAGCUCGCGUCCGCGCGGUGUGCUCCCAGUUGUGCUCCCGACCCGCCGCCCCGGGUCGCGCCCCACCCGUGCCGUGCCGCAGUCGGAGCAAGAUGGUGAAAUGAGUUCCUCAAUCUUGAAGGCGCUGCAGCUCCUGUCCAACCAGAUUAACGAACUCAGUGGCAAGGUCGAUAACGUCGCUCAGAAGGUCGAUAACGUCGCUCAGAAGGUCGAUAACGUCGCUCAGAAGGUCGAUAACGUCGCUCAGAAGGUCGAUAACGUCGCGGCUGGGCUGGAUGACAUGAGGCGGUUCCAGGGCACGAUGGUGGAGAUGGUGACGUUGACGCACCUCCCAGCCCGGCUGGAAGGUUGCGAGCGGGUGUGGUUCGAGGCUGAUGCGGACCUGGACGCGGUCUUCGGCAGGGGCACUGCGGCGGCCGUCCUGGGGGCCGUAGCGCACCCCAGCGGCGGCCGCAUGCUGCGCACGCGGUUGCUGUGUCGCCUGCUGCUGGCGGUGAGGCGGGAUCUGGAUGACAGCAUCAGCCUGCCGCUGCAGUCAUCCGGCAAGGGUGCGGCGGCGGUACAGGCCGUUCUGGAUACCCUGCGCCCGGAGCCUGCUGGUCAGGAUCGGCGGCGGGCGGGCAAGAAGCAGCAGCGGCAGCAGGAGCCGCAGCUGCCGCCGGGUGCGGUCGCUGACGCCGAAGCACUACUGGCGGCCUUCAAGGCACAGCUGUCGCAGGCUGCUCGCAAGCAGAGCCCGGACAUUCCCGGUGUGCGGCUGGUGGUGUCGCGCGCCCAGCAACUGCUCCAGGCGGCGGGCGUGUUGGGGGACAGGGCCCCGGCGCGGUGGAACGCGGCGUUCGGCCUGCUGCAGCGCCUGAGCAGCAGCAGCAGCAGCAGCAGCAGCAGCAGCAGCGGCCAAGGCGGGGGAUGCAGCAGUGGCGGCGGCCAAAGCAGGCGCGGCACUGCGGCAGGUCGCUCGCCGUCCUCUCAUCAGGCGCUGCUUGUGCUGUUCCUGCUGACGACCGGGCGCCUGCGCGCUGAGCUGGAGGUGGACCUGAUGCGCCUCCGCCCGCGUACCGUGGGCCCGCUGCUGUUUGGCCGGCCGGAGCUGUUGGUGGGCGAGAUCAAGAGUGACCUGAGCGAGCUCGGCCCAGCCCGGCGGCAGCUGGAGAUCGCGCUGGCGGUGCUGGAGCUGGCGUGCCGCUUCUCGCCCUACUACGGGGGUGGGGGUGUGCUGCGCGGCCUGCUGGCGCCGUACAGCAGCAGGUCGCAGCCACCCAGCCUCGACGCGCGGGCGGUGGUCUGCGGCGGCCCGGAGGGCAGGGCUAGCAGGGCGCUGGCCGCCCGCCAGGGCCUCCUGGGGGACCUGCAGGUGCAGCUCGUCGCUGACCUGGACCUGGAUCCGGACCUGGAUCCGGACCCAGUCAUUGGUCCGGUGCCGGCGGUGGCGGCGGCAGCACGGGGCGAGGCGGGCCAGGCGGCGGCGGCGGAUGGCGGAGGCCCGGAGCUGGCGGCUGGCGGCCUACCGGCGGACAGCGGCGUCGUCAAGGCCAGUGCGCAGGGCGAGGUGGAGACGCGGAGUGAGGACGAGGCGGCGGCGGCGAUGGCGGCGGCGGCGGUGAUGCACGUGCCUCUGGAUGUCUUCUGGUUCGACGGCAGCGGCAUCCUGACGCGGGUGGUGGAGGACGAGUGGGCCUCCGACUAGGUAGCCGUGCCGCCACAACAUGGACAAGGGCCA